CCCACCCCUUCAGGGAAAAGCUGUCAGCCUGGCUGCUGCCAGUUGUCUCUCUCCGGGAGACUGGACGCUGGGAGCAUGUCUGGCUGGCCUGACUAUCUUUGGGCAACACGCAACCCCACGCCUCCUCCUCCUCCUGCGCGCAAGGCAUUCCUCGCCAUUCUUAUCUCGCUUCUUGAAUUUCCAGGCCGCAGAAAAGACGCUUCUGGAACAGACUGCAACCAUUUAAAUCCCGUCGAGCCGGAUCUGAUUGAAAUUCCCGAGGAACAGCGCACGGAGUGAAGGUGACGAGAUGUCAGAGCUGUGUUAUAACCCGGGUUGUGGACUCCGCUACGAGCCGCACAGUAACGCGGGCGAUGCUUGCUGUUACCACCCAGGAGUUCCAAUAUUCCAUGAUGCACUCAAGGGAUGGUCAUGCUGCAAAAAGAAGACGAUUGACUUUUCAGAAUUUCUGGCAAUCCCGGGAUGUACCAAAGGCCACCACUCUAAUGUGAAGCAACCAGAGCCCCUGAAACCAGAGAUAACAUGUACCAAGGAUGGAGCAGAUGACACAAAGCCAGGGCCUGCCACUGAGUACAUCGUGAAGGGUCCCAAGUCAGCAGAGAAGAUGAAGAAAGAAAGACCAAGCUCUGAAGAACCCACGGUGAAAUUGCCUCAAAGAGUCACCAAGUCACUGCAAGAGUCUCUGGACAAGCUCAGUGCAUCUUCUCGGAAAACAGACACAAAUAAAGAGGAUAACGUCAAAGGUGGAGUUAUAGUGGGCACCAUGUGUAAACACAAUGGCUGUAAGAAGGCUUUUCAAGGGCCGGAGAGUGAUCGGGAGACGUGCAACUUUCAUCCUGGAAUACCCAUCUUCCAUGAAGGAAUGAAGUACUGGAGCUGCUGUAGGAUAAAGACUACGGAAUUUGAUGACUUCCUCGAACAGCCUGGCUGUGCCAAGGGCAAGCAUCUCUGGACCAAGAUAGAUUCGGAUAAAAAGCUAGUUGGCUGCCGGUACGACUGGCACCAAACGGGUGGGAUGGUGGUCCUCACAGUCUAUGCAAAAACAUCGAACCCAGAGCACAGCCAUGUAGAUGCUAACCAGACAAUGUUAACUAUCCACAUCAUGUUUGAAAAGGAUAAAGUUUUUCACAAAGCAUUAAACCUAUGGGGUGUUGUUGACGCAAGUAAAAGCUUUGUCAACAUGGGCCCAACGAAAGUGGAAAUCAACCUUCAGAAAAUGGACCCUGUCAACUGGGCCAAAUUUGAACUGCCACCCCAGAAAGUUGAAGGGAAGGAUGAAACGAGAGAGAAAGAACAGAAAGAAGAAAUCCAAAAAGAAGAGAAUGCAAAGGAAAAUAAACCGUUAGCCCAGGAAUUAAAUGAAAUGUUUUUGGGAGAAGAACCACCACCUCUAGAAGACGAUGAGUCUGAUGAUAGUUUAAGACUAUCUGAUACCGACGAAGAAGAUUUUGAUUGAUGAUUUUUUAGAUGUUGGGUAGCAGCAUUCACGAUACAACCACGUAUACACCAAAGUACUGCAAUUUUAUGCAGUUUACCUUUUCUGAUACUGCCCAUGUGAUUAUCUUUAGUCAGCUUGAAAUGCAGCUUGCAGUGUGGAUUAUUCUCUGAAAAUUAAAAUAUUUGAAGAAUGUAAAGAAAAAUAAAAUAUGCAAAUAAACGAAGAUUGACCAUA